UUUGAAGAGAGGUCAUGGGAUUAGACGCUGUUCAUCUUUUGCUGCUUCUCUGCUGAUUCAUUUGUGCUUUGCUCCACAGAAGCACAGGUUCAUUUUAAUGUCUUUGAAGAUCUUCUUCAGUAAAAACGAGAGGUAUCUGUUCCUGCAAUCAUGGAAAUCACUCCUGCUUUAGUGCUGGAGCUGAACAGCACGCAUACAGGCGGAGUCAUGGAGGAGGCAGAGGCAGAUGUUUCUCCUGUUCCGACAGUCCUCUCUCCAUUGGGAUACUCCAUUCUGUCAUUUUGGAUGUUCCUCAUCACAGUGUUCUCUGUGUUCAAUAACUCACUGGUCAUCGUGGUCAUGGUGCGGAACCGUCAGCUCUUGUUCCCCAUGAACAUCCUCAUCCUCAGCCUGGCCAUCUCUGACCUGCUCAUGACCAUCUGUGGAUCAGCCAUUGCUUCAGUGACCAACUACUACGGGCAGUUCUUCAUGGCCAGAGAACUGUGCGUCUUUCAGGGAUUCACUGUCAAUUACUUUGGCCUGGUCUCCCUCUGCACACUAACCCUGCUAGCCUAUGAGCGAUACAACGUAGUUUGUAAACCCAUGGGCACCUUCAAGGUCACCAUCCGGCGCAGCAGUAAAGGUCUUCUGCUGGUUUGGCUCCACUGUCUGUUCUGGGCUGCAGCCCCGCUGCUGGGAUGGAGCUCUUAUGGGCCAGAAGGAGUUCAGACCUCCUGCUCCUUGGCCUGGGAGGAGAGGACCACAAGCAACUACAGCUACCUGGUCCCUUAUUGGUUCUUCUGUUUCCUGCUGCCCACCGGCAUUAUCAUAUACUGCUAUUACCACAUCCUGAUCUCCAUGAGGAAGCUCAACCUGAGUGUGGAGAACCAGGGCGGCAGGUCCCGCCAGCAUGAGGACAGGCGAGCUGCAUGCAUGGUGGCAGCCAUGAUUGGCUCUUUCUUUUUGUGCUGGAUGCCCUACGCCAUAGUCUCCAUAAUCGUCAUCAUCCUACCUGACCUGCACAUAGCCCCACUUCUUGCUUCUACCCCUGCCUUCUUAGCAAAGACCAGCCCGGUCUACAACCCAAUUAUCUUCUUCUUCGCCAAUAAACAGUUCCGGAACAGUGCUCUACAGAUUGUACUGUGUGGCCUGUACACUCCUACUGCCAUGGUGCCAGACAGUGAUAGUGAAGUGUCAGUGGUGGAAGAUGGUACUAAACGUCUGGCACCCAACAGCAUUCAACCAGAAGCCACCAGCUGAGUCAGCCUGAUACAUCCUGCAGAGCACUGAAGAGGUCACUAAUGCUGCUGUUGCUCUUAAACAGUUUGGGAAAUAAGACGAUCAGCAAGUCAAGACCUUUUUUUUGGGAGGGGAAGGUCACCUAAUUUUUACCAUAAUUAUCUCGGGAUUUUUUUUUUGCCAGCCGCAUUACCCGCUCUGGCCUUUAGAUGGCAUCAAUACAAUAUUCACUUUUAUCUUUAUUUAACUUAAAGUGCUUGCUAACAGAAACAGACUGUCAUUUGAAGAGUUUUUUAAAACUCUGCAUGAUUGGACUGAUAAAUACUUAUUUAGGAGUGGCCAAAAAUUUCUUGA